CUGAAAGCGAGGCCACAUCCACUAUAGAUCGGGAAAAAAUUAUAGUACUGAGUGAUACAGUAACGAAAAAAAAGUGCGUGCAAGUUAUUUAGAAUUUAGAUAAUUCUGAUUGCAUUUUAUCCGGAUUUAUAAGAUUGGGCAGGAUCUAACGGAGGUAUGUCGCAGGAACUAAUAGACCUUGAGGAGCUGGUUAAAACAUGGGUCAACGAUUUCCCGCUUGACAAGAGCCAGCGAAAAGACGCAGACGACAUCUUAUCUACAGAUAUAAACUGGAAUCACAUGCGGAUUCAUCAUGGAAAAACAGAAUAUUAUGAUGCGGUAAAAAAAUCGACGCCGAAAACGCACGUGCUCUUUUCUGCGUACUUUACGAAUGAUACAAACCAGCCACAAGUUUAUACCCUGAAAACGGAACGGAGAACAAAAUCAACAUGUAACAUUUCUAUGGAAAAGUGUUAUACGAUCGGAUUUAGCCUUGACAUUAAGCUGUGCCCUCCAAACCCUGUGAUUGAGGCAAACGCCGGAUUUAAAGGUGAAAUGUCUGUUAAAAAAGCAGACGAAGAAUCGUUCGAGGAAGAACUCGUCUGGUCCGUAGAUAAUCAGAUAAGUGUUCCAGCACAGUUCAAAACCAAGGCUGAUCUGGUGCUUAAGGAAGAUGAGUACACGAGUCAUUUCAAAUGUGAGACGAAGUUCGAAGGAAAGAUCCACGUGACCUUGAGAAGCAAACGUGAUAACUCUCCGAUUACAACGCUAACGGGUGACGUCAGACACAUUUUCCGCGCGGACCAAGGAUUCCGCGUUGAUAAAACCGGAAUUUAUUAUGUUUCGCAAGGACGGUGUAAAUGUAGAUUUGGAAUAGAACAACAUGUGAAACUGAGCCAGAUGGCAUUGAAAGAUGUGGUUAAUACGGAUGAAAAUGAAAAUACAGAAUGAGGUGUUAGUUAAAAAUGCAUUGUGAUGAACGUACGGGUUUAAAACUGCUGCCUACGCACGUUGUGAACGCAAGUUGUGAACGCAUUUUGUUUACGCUUCUUUCUACGCAAUCAAACUGCGCGCUCUCUUGAACAUUAUUAAAUUAUACUCGUGAUAACUUAUUCUUCGGAUGAUAUUUAGAUUAUAUAUUUAUAUCAUAUACAAGAAAAUAUAAAUGCAUUCCGGAAAACCACAAAAGCUAUAUACAUUCCGGAAAGUAUAGUUGAAAUUAAUGAAUACAAACCCGGGGAAAAACACACGCCGUGGAAUAUGAAACGUUCAAACACUCAGAGGAUGGAGCACGUGGGCGUUACCCUCAAACAAUGUUCGCGUUACCUUUGAUAGGCAAUUCAACAUAAUUAUGUCACUAAAUGGACGCCAUACAUUUGAACUUUGCACUAACUACAAAUCAAUUAAUUAAGAGAAGUUGACAUAUUUCGGUGAUAUAUGAUGUUUUAUUGACUCUAAGUGACCCAAAGUUGUCAAACUAUGUAUACAUACGUUCAAUUUACAGUUUUAUAUGUAAGUAUAUUAAUAUUUGUAAUAAAAAUUUAGUGAUCAAACAAAGAUAGUUGUCCGUUUAGUGUAAUUUAUUAAGAAUUUGUAUCGAAUUUGUUAUGAAGUAUAUAGCAUACUAUAUAAAAACUAAAAUUAAAAUGAUA